UUCUCUUCCUCGUCAACACCACCAUCCCCGACGAUCACCACAUACACGCCUCUCUGCUCGGGUGAUCUAGCUGCUCAGCAUGGCUGCUCCUUCUUCAUCGGCUUUUGAGUCGAAGGUGCCGCUCAGCUCGCUGGCCAUCCCCCACCGUCCGCCUAAGAACUCCCUCAUUCAGACGAUUCUCUUCUCCCUUUAUUUCACUUUGUCCUGCAUCUUCUUGCACAUGUACCAGUGCAUGGUUCAGCCCCUCCGCCUUGCGCCGCCGCUCAGGAGCACCGUACGCGCUACCAAUGCUUGGGUCAAGUCGGCCUUCUCAAAGGGGCUCGUCAGCAUGACUUGGCUCUUCUCUCCCUCCAACAUUGUCCUCUCCUUUCGCGAUGAGCAUGGCAACACCCUCGACCCGAGGCAGUUCGUUGACUUCAAGCCAGACGGCUCGGUAGACCGCGUCAGGCUUCCAAUGCGCAGCAUCUGGAUUUCGAAUCAUCAAGUCUACACCGACUGGCUCUACCUUUGGAUCCUCAGCUAUUUCUGUGGCCUGGAGUCGAGCAUUUACAUCAUAUUGAAGGAUAGCCUGAAAUGGGUGCCUAUCGUCGGUCUUGCGAUGCAGUUGUUCGACUUCAUCUUCCUGGCUCGCUCAUGGAUCAAGGAUCAGCGAACUCUGUCCACUCACCUCUCGAAACUGGCACGCCUCUCCCACUUUGACAAGAUGCCGCUUACGCUCGUCAUCUUCCCCGAAGGAACGCUUGUCUCGAAGGACACCCGCCCACAGUCAAAGAAGUACGCAGACAAGGUAGGAUUGGAAGACUGCCGCAACGUGCUGCUGCCCCGCUCGACCGGCCUGCUGUACUGUGCUCGCACGCUCAAAAAAGAGAUCGACGAUCUGAUGCUGAUGGACGCCACGAUUGGCUACCCGGGCAUCCCGCCGGCAGGCUACGGUCAGUCGUACUACACGCUGCGCUCCAUCUACAUGCAGGGCGUGCCACCCCCCUCAGUCCAUAUCAGCAUCACGCUGCGUCGCAUUUCGUCGAGCGACCCCGAUGCAGACGCCACCACAAUGGCAAAGGAAGGAGGGCAGAUGCCUAUCGGCGAUAUCAGCAAGCUGAGCCAGGACGCCUCGCCGCGGGAUCUCGACCCCUCGGAGGCGGAGCGCCAGAUGUUUGACUCUUGGCUCCUAACGAGAUGGAGAGAGAAGGAUGACCUCAUGGAUCGAUUCUAUAAAGAUGGCGACUUUGUGGGUGGGGCCUUUGUGCGCAACAAGAAGGAGGCGGGAGAGUACUACCGCGAGAGUGAGGACGAUACGGUAGGUGGUGGAGAGGGGAUCAAGACGGAGAAGGGCAGGCAGUACGUUUGUAUACCCAUUGCGCUGCGCUCUCCCUUGGAGAUUCCGCAAGUCUAUGCGUACGGCCUUCCGCUCAUUGCGGUGUGGCUGGCGUAUCUGUGGCUGCGUCGAUGAGCUGCGGCGGCGAGGGUCGUAGGGAGGAGCAUUAUCGGUAGACGGAUACGAGUACGUAUACAAGCAUUCAAGCUAAUCCAUCAUCGUCAUCUCCCAAUAAUCAACCGAACCCUGUUUUGAGCAAUCUCAUUAGCAUUGCAUCAUCCCAUGCUCAGACUCUGUAACGCUUCGACCCUCUCGAGUCGAACAACCAGCGGAUCAGGGCGACCUGACCCACGCUGAUGCCGAUCAUGAGUGCCGACUCGAUGAGGGAGAAGUAGAAGAGCUUCGACCUGAGCGA